AUGACUCAAGAAAAUGAUUCACAAACAAAUUUAAUAACAAUAGAUGGAUCAUAUAUAGAAGGGGGUGGUCAAAUACUGCGUAAUUCAACAGCAUUAAGUGUUUUAUUAAGUAUUCCUAUUUGUGUCGAUAAAAUUCGUGCUGGUCGACAAUCAGGAGGAUUACGACCGCAACAUUUAACUGGUAUACAACUUUUAGCACAAUUAUCUGAAGCUAAAUUACAGAAUGGAAAAAUUGGUUCAACAGAAAUAUUUUUUGUACCGAAAGUCAUCAAAGGUGGAAAUUAUCUAGCUGAUACAAAAACUGCAGGGAGUGUAUGUUUAAUGAUGCAAACUGCUAUUCCAUGUUUACUUUUUGCAAAUGAUUCAUCUCAAUUACGAUUACUUGGAGGAACAAAUGCAGAUUUUGCGCCAGAAAUUGAUUAUUAUUCAAUGGUUUUUCAACCAAUAGCUAAAAAGUUUAAUUUUAAUUUUGAUAUGAAUAUAGUUCGUCGUGGUUAUUAUCCGAAAGGCGGUGGUGAAGUUCGUAUUACUACAAAUCCAGUUGAUCAUUUAGUAGCUGUUGAUUUAACAGAAUUUGGACAGAUUAAACGAUUUUUUGGUCGAGCUUUUGUUGCUGGAACUUUAUCGAAACGGAUUGCUCAUGAAAUGGCUGAAACUGCACAAAAAUUAAUACAUAAACGACAUUCAAAAGAGAUUCCAGUAGAAAUUGAAGUUGUAAAAGAACCUGAUAAUAUGGCUUUUGGAACAGCAACUGGUAUUAUAAUUGGAGCCGAAACAACAACCGGCUGUAUACUUGCAGCAAGUUCACUAGGUAAACGAGGUGUACCAGCACAUGAAGUUAGUACUCAAGCAACAGAAGAUUUAUUGUAUGAUUUAUCAUAUCAAGCAUGUGUUGAUCAACAUUUACAGGAUCAGUUAAUUAUUCUAAUGACUCUUGCUAAAGGUCAUUCAAAAAUUCGUUGUGGUCCAUUAACAGAUCAUACUAAAACAGCUAUGUAUGUUGCUGAACUUUUAACUAAAGUUAAAUUUAUAAUUACAGAAGUAUCAUCAAAUUCUAUUGAACCACAAGCAGCAGCAGCAGGUGCUGCAUCUAAUAGAACAAAUUCUGCAUUUAUUAUUGAAUGUGAAGGACUAGGAUAUCAUCGACGAUCAUAA